UUGGUACCGCUUUGCAGUUUUUCAUUGUCGAUCUCUCUUUUCUACUACUCUCGCUUGGUGUGUGUCUUUUGGAUUGGGGUUUAUCAGUAGUGGUUAGGCAACAAUGGAGGCGUCAUCAUCUUCUCGGUCAUCGGAAUCUUCUGCUGAUGAAACUGCUUCCAAGUUCCUUUCCGACCUUCCGUCCCGCGGUUUCUUAUCUUCUACCGUCGUCCCCUCCAAUCCGGGAAGCUUGCGGGUGUACGUAUGUGACCAUGACACAUCUCCCCCUGAAGGGCAGGUUAUCAAGACAAACCAGCAAAACAUACUAAUCAGAUCCCUCUUGCUAAAGAAGCAAAAAGGAGAAUCUAGUUCCAAAGGAACUCCUGAAGAUGGUCCUAAAAAGAGGACUGCAAAUAAGGCUCUGGACGACAGAAGCUCAGCUAAAAGACCUGCUACUCUUGUAUCCAGACAAGAAGGAUCAAGCAGUCGUUCAGGAGAAAAAGACUUUCAGUCUUUGACUGUGGAGAAGCUCCGUGCCCUUCUCAAGGAGAAAGGUCUUCCAACAAAAGGAAGAAAGGAUGAGCUCAUUGCACGUCUGAAGAGUGCCAGCUGAAGAUUGAGAAAACGCUCAGUUUAAUGUAUGUAUCUUUAGACGUUUCGAAUAGUCUAAACAGUGAUGGCAAGCAUGGUUGUUGUUGUUGAUACAGAUCCUUUUGGAUAAAUUAUGAAAAUCUAGUUCUGGUUUUGAGAUC